GAGAAAUUUCUUUAAUCACGUGUUUGACCUUCCUUACUAACUCGGCAGCAGCUCGCUUUAGGAAACUGAAAAGACGCGGCUCAUCAAUUUAAAGGCCCGUUCAAUUUUUCGAGUAGAACGGAAUUACCGUAAUUACUGUAUAUUCACGCACAUGAAUGUUGAGAUUAAUCCACAUAGUUUGAUUUGCCUAGAGGAGUGUAACAAACAGGGCUGUUCUGAAUGCGUGCCACACGCGCCCACGUCUGUCCAAUUCCAACAGGAGAUCCCGCGGGUUGCAUUGGCUGCCGCAUCAUGCACGGUGUUGCUUUUGGUUCAUUUUAAUUGACCUGCUUAUCCGGACUCGGACUUUUUUAUUUGUUUCUUUUUUAUUAAUUACCCGCUAAACAAAAAUCAGAUGCAUCACAAGCGAGAUGGCCAGCAAAGAUGGCGGACCCCAAAGUCCAAUCACUUUGAAGCCGAUUCUUGCUGUCCGUGAAUCGCCAUUUUUCGAUUCUAUGGCGUGCUGGUGCAGCUCGUGUUCUUCAUUCUCAAGCUGCUGGUUUUCUUUGUUCUGAGGGCACCGUUUAAAUGUUUUGUGGGCAGAAUUAUAUUUUCUGAGGGUUCGGAGUUUUGGACGGUCCCCUCCGUUGGGCAUUUCCAGACAUUUUUGGCACCGAUUGUGCUUAGGAACCCCAAGUUCAUGACGGGCAGACUUCCACCUGCUGGAGCCUUCGGUAUGCUGACAGGUCUGAUGUUCCAUCGGCCGCAGGACCCCAUGGACUUUCUGGAGGGGUGCCUGAGUCGCGUUCGAGAGAUUGGAGGCGUGGAGAAGGUCCGGUGGGACACCUUCAUCACUACAGACAAGAAGGCGCUGCCCCCUGCAGGCCAAAGGGCGCAGCUCCGCAGCCAGAGUAGCAGUGCGGUCCUGCCUCGUGGUGAUCGACAGCUUGGGCACCAGCUGUCCAUCGAGAGUGACACCGAUCUGUCCGAGACCGACGAGCUCAUCGCCGAGUACGUUAUCUUCGACCCCCAGAAGCCCAGGCCUCGCAUCAUCUUGAUCAUUGGAGGACCAGCCAGCGGAAAGGGCACUCAGAGCCUCAAGACGGCGGAGCGCUACGGCUUUGUGUACAUCUCCGUGGGCGAGGUCCUUCGGCAGAAGAUGAUACACAGCGCCUCGAGCAACCGGAAGUGGGGUCUCAUUGCUAAAAUCAUCACCAACGGGGAGUUGGCACCACAGGAGACGACCAUCAAUGAAAUAAAGCAGCAGCUGAUGCAAAACUCCGACGCCAAGGGCUUUGUCAUCGAUGGCUUUCCCAGAGACGUGGCACAGGCCAUCUGUUUUGAUGACCAGAUCUGCCAGCCGGACCUCGUCCUGUUCUUGUCGUGCGGCGCCUCAAAGCUUAAGGAGCGACUGGAGAAGCGAGAGCAGCAGGGCCGGCCUGACAACAACCCCAAGGCCAUCGCCCGACGCUUGGCAACGUUCAAGCAGAACGCGAUGCCCCUAGUGAGCUACUACCAGGACAAGGAGGUCAUCGUCAAGCUGGACGCCAGCAGGGACGAAGAACAAGUUUUCCAGGACAUCUGCGUCAUUGUGGACCACAGGCUCUUCCCUGCCAAGGAACCAGCAGAAGGGGCCAGCGAGCUGGACCUCAGCAUGAUAGCGGAGAAUGGCUCCGAUUCAGACGAGACGGACGACGAGGCUGAACACGACUGCAUGACGUGCCCACCAGAAACCGCAGAGGAUAAGUUGCAUCGGGUUCACGUUAUAUUCAUGUUUGGUGGUCCCGGCUCUGGAAAGAACACCCAAUGCCAGCGGAUCGCGGCCAGAUACGGAUACCCGCACUUGGCUGUGGGUGAGCUGUUGAAGCUGGAGGUGGCCAGCAGGUCUCUAACAGGGCAGAAAAUCAAGGAGCUCAUGGAGAGGGGGGACACGGUGCCAAAGGAAAUCGUCGUGGCGCAGCUGCGAGACGCCAUGCUCAGGAGUUUGCCAUCCACCAAAGGGUUCGUGAUCAGCGGCUUUCCCACUGAUGAGGGCGAUGGCCAGAGGGAAGAAUUCGAAAAGGUGGUAGCAAGUCCUGAAGUGGUGCUGCUGCUCGAGUGCUCGUCAGAGACCAUGGCAGACAGACUCUACAUCCGAAGUCUGGUCAGCCAGCAUCACCAAGAUGAAGCCUCCAUCAGGAUGAGCACAGAGGCCUGCAAGAAAAAGCUGGAACCCACCAUUGCCGCUUAUGAGAAGAGAGGACUUGUGCACAGGGUGUGUGCAGAGGGGACCCCAGAAGAAACGUUCAAACAGGUGUGCACAGUUCUGGACACAAACGGGUCAUUUUAGACGCAGCGGAUGAUUAGGUUUCUCAUUCUGUAAUUUGGAGUUCCCAAGUGAAAUAAAAUGAAAUCUGCUCAAAUGUCCACAGUGGCACAGUUUAAAUCAAACUUCAAGAGUGACUGCAAAGUGCUCUCUAGGGUGGGCUAAGAUAUUAAACUCACAUGAACAAUUACUUACAGUGCCCUCCAUCAUGUUUGGGACAAAGACCCUUUUGCUCCAACAAUUCAGACAUUGUGAUUAAAGUGCACACUGCAGACUUUCAUUUAAGGGGAUCUGCUGGCAUUUCGGUCACACAACACUUUUUAGUCAUGUGUUCAGGGCACCAAUUGGUGUCAGAGGUAUCUGUGAUUCCUCAGGUGGGUUUUAUGGCUUCAUCAAGAUACCGCAGCCUGCUUCUACCCAUUGCUCAAUACGGAGGCACAGGCUGUGCCAAUGAAGCCAUCAUGAAGCUGAAAAACAAGAAUAAAACCACUGGAGACAUCAGUAAAAAUGUAAGGAUGACUGAACUCAACUAUCUGGGAUAUCAUGACGAAGAAAGAACACACUGGUGGGCUCAGUAAACGCAAAGGGAUUCCUAAUCCAAGGAAGACCUCCACUGCUGAUGACAGAGGAAUCCUCACUAUGGUCAAGAAAAAGCCCCAAAUGCCUGUGCGACAGACCAGAAACAGUCUUCUGGGGGGCCGAUGUGCACGUGUCAGAGACGACUAUCAGCAGAAGACAGAAAUGAACAGAAAUGGAGGCCACCCUGCAAAAUGCAAACCACUAGUCAGCCACAAAAACAGGACGACCAGAUUACAGGCUGUGGGCUUCAAAGAGCCUGCAGAAUUCUGGGAAAAGAUGUUGUGGGCAGACAAGACAAAGAUGAACCUCAUCAGAGUGAUGGAAGGAGCUAAGUGUGGAGACAAGGAGCUGGCCAAGACCCAAAGCAGACCACCUCAUCUGUUAAACCUGAUUUAACACUAGCUGCCACACUUCAUUGGUGAUGGUACUGCUGAUGGUAGUGGCACAGUGAAUUCGGAGGUGAAGAGAAACAUCUGAUCUGUUCAAGUUACAGUCAAUGCCUCCAAACUCACUGGACAGCACUUCCAUGUUACAAGAUAAUGAGCCAAACACACUGCUGAUCUCACACAGUAGUUUACCAUAGCUAAAAACCUUAAAUUUUUUGAAUGGCCAAGCCAGUCACCCAAUUUUAAUCCGUUACACAAGCCCACCAUAUGCUGAGCAGAAAACUUUGGGAGCCAAGCCCCUGAAACAAGCAGGAGCUGAAGAUGGCUGAAUGAGAGGCUUGGCAGAGAAGACGCCCAAGCACCUGCUGAUGUCCACGAAUUGCAAAUUUCAAGUAGCCACUGCACGCAAGGGACAAGUCCUAUGACAGUUUUAAUAGACCUGCCAUUGGCUGUGUCCCAAACAUUAUGGUGCCCUGAAAUGAGGGGUCCAUGGUGUCUGCAAAACCCCUUAAAUGGAAGUCUGUACAGUGCACUUCAAUCACACCAUCUGAACUGUCUGAUCUGUUAUUGUAAACUACGGAGCAGCAAAGGGAGGUUAUGGAAAAGGAAAAGCUUUGCCCCAAGGUACUGUAUGUAGGGCCCUUUAAGUAAAAAGCAUCAAGACACUCAUUCUCAGCGAGGGGAUUCAGUCCCAUCUGAACACUGCCACCAUGAUUCCGACACUUGUGCCGAGCCACUUUAGAUAUCACGUGCACACAAGUCAUGAGUCCUCAUCACGCAAACUGCACACACGUUAGACAGAAAACACAACAUGGAUAUUUUAAACCUAAAGUCUUAGAUUUUUUUUUCUUUUUUAUUAAAAAAAAAUGGUGGGAUCCUCUUCCCAUGGUGACUAAGUCAUGCUUUAUAAAAACAUGAGUGGUUGAUAGUGAUCAUUCAAUAGAAGAACA